AUGAUAUCAAUUGAUCCUCAAGGUGUGGAAAAGGCUAUAGAUUCAGGUAUGUCUGAUGAACUCUGGUCUAUGGAAUUUGAUGGGAGAUGUUCAUCUUCUGGUUCAGGGGUCGGGGUUGUAUUAAUACCUCCUCAAGGUAAAGUUAUUCCUUAUGCUUUGAAAUUGGAAUUCCAAAGCACGAAUAAUACGGCCGAAUACGAAGCUUUGUUAUUAGGUCUUGUUGAAGCGAGGAGAUUGCAGAUCAAAAUGUUGAAAGUUAGAGGUGAUGCUGAACUUAUUGUAAAACAAGUGAGAGGUUUAUUUGUUGUGAAAAACAAGAGACUGAUACAUUACAGAAAUCGUGUUUGGGACAAGAUCAAAGCAUUUUAUGCUUUUUCAAUUGAAGCAGUACCAAGGGAGUUAAACUUGAAGGUUGAUUCUUUAGCAGUAUCUGCAGCUUUACUAGUGCCUCAUUCUGAUUUUACAACAGAUACUUACAGGGUAGAAUUAGUUUAUAGACCCUGCAUGCCUGACAAUUCUGAAUCCUGA